AUGAGUAGUUCAUAUCAGUCAAUUCAAGCCGAUGUCCACUCAUAUACGACGCAAACCAUGGACGAAUGUAUACCUGAGGAAUCCAAACUUACUUUCAACAAUCAAAUUUAUCGAAAGAAGAACGGGGUCGCGAUGGGGUCCCUUCGAGGUCCCAUACUGUCAGAUUUCUUCAUGAGCAAGCUAGAGACUCAAAAAUUAGAAGCACUCAUUGGACGGUUAACAUUAUAUCGCCGCUACGUGGACGACAUUUUCGUACUUGCCGACGAAGCCAUCAGCACAACAGACGUAUUAAGCAGUUUCAAUUCAGUCCAUGCUAAUAUCAAGGUUACUAUCGAAUCAGAACAGAACGGACAGUUAAGUUUCCUCGAUGUCAAUGUUAAAAAGAAGACUGACGGAACCAUACAACGCAAGGUCCAUAGAAAGCAAACGUGGAAAGGUCAGUACAUUCAUUCUGAUAGCUUCGUUCCAUUGCAACAAAAAAGCAAACUAAUUAGAUGCCUGACCGAGUGA